GGCAGCAGCUGCUGGGCGGAAAAGGCGGGAGAAGACUGCCGCUUCCGCGUCCGCGCAGCACAGACGACGCUGGGGCAAAAUGGACGAUAAGUUAAUAUUGGCUGUAUUUAAUUACCCGGAGCUUUACAAUGUUACACUGCCGAAUUACCGCUGCACGGAAAGUCGGACAAAUGCCUGGAGAAGCAUCAGCAUGGAGCUGGGACUUCCGACCGAGGAGUGCAAAAGAAGAUGGAAGAACAUGAGAGACAGGUACCUGAAGGAGGUCCGAAUGGAGCUUAAAAGCAAGAAGCAGGGAGAAAACGUUCAAAGCAAAUGGAAAUACAGACAACUUAUGAACUUCAUCGCGCCGUUCACUGGGUCAAGAAGUGGACUGCAGGAAAUCUCUGCCAACAAUGAUGAGGACCACGACAACCCUGGAGACUCUAGCAACGUGGAUGGAGAAACCGCUUUGUCAGAGGCAAUCAAAACACCACAGAGUGCUGUAAAGGUCCCCGCGAGUCUGCCCGACCUCAAACCACAGGUGACAUUUGUAACGCAGGUACCUCCAGCGACUCAGGACACACAGGUGGCUCAGCUGGCCGUUCUGGCCAAGAUACCAUCACCCCCACAGGUCUCGCCUGUCACUGGCGUUACUGGACAGAAACGGAAACAGACCCAAGAGCCGCCGUCUGCACCUUCCUCCCAAAGUACGCCCAUGCCGACAAAAUGGUUGGUCAAAGACAAUGUCCCCUCUUUUCCCACUAAGCCGCGGGACGAGGAUGAACUGUUCCUGCUGAGCUUUGUUCCCGCUCUGAAGAGACUCGCUCCACAGAAGAGGUGUGAGACAAAAAUAAAGAUCCAGCAGAUUAUGUACGAGGCAGAGUUCAACGUUACACAUUCAGAGUCUCAAGAAAAGAAGGUGGAGACAGAAACACAGCACUGAUUACAUUUAAACUUUUAAAAAAUACUUUAUUGUAUUUCUUUUAUAUAAACCUCUGCCACAGAAUUAGUAAAAGUGGUAGAUAUUGAAGACAUUUUUAUGUGAAGUAGUUUGUUUCCCCCUGAGUAGUGUAUUUAUUAGGCAAUAAAGACUUGGAGGGAAUGAAGUCAUUAGAUUUACACCAUAAACAGACAGUUAAUCUUUAUUUACAUAACUUUAUUACCAAUAGAUUUCAAACAUAUUUCGAAAAAGCUGUUUCUUAGUCAACCAGUCUUCAUUUUUACUCUGUAAUAAUUACAGUAUUUUACAUGUAAUUACAAUUGCAUACAGUAAACUGAUGAGAAUAAAUGCGUAGGUGAACACUGUUUAAUGAAUGACUCUUUCUGCUUACAUGCUUCUUUUUAAAUCUAAAAUAAAGAUUCUUGUAUUCUGAAAAA